UGCUCUCUUCACAAUGAGGGGACAAUGCCUCACAAUUGCUCAGGAGGCUUUUCUCCUAGGCUGCAGGGUUGCUAUGGAAGCCCUAGCAACCGCCUCUCCAUCUUCAUCUCCAGCCUCCUCUUCUUCUUGCAUCCAGGAUCCAGCAACUGAAGAAUGAAAACCAGCUCCUGGGGUGGCAGGAUAUCAAGGCUUUGCAAUGAAGGUCUCAGAUCAGCAUUGGUUGGAGAGGUUGUUUCCUCCUCGGUUCAGCGAGGAAGACUUCUUUACUCAAGUCCAUCAGCCUGAACCACUGAUUUGUGAAAAGAUGAGUUUGGAGAGAGCAAAGAGAAGAGAAGAACUCUACAAUGUGGCAAAGGCCAAGCUUCAGGAAGGCCAUGGGUUGCAAAGAGAAAGAUCCCCUUCCAUACUAAUGAUAAAUGAAGAUAAGUCAAACUUGGAAGAGAAAAAAAUGCAAAAAUUAAAGGAAGAAAGGGAAAGCAUUGCUGAAUCUGGAGAAACGGGAGGUAUGUCUCUGGAACGCAAAAGAAUUUGCAGCUUUAAGGCAAGAGUUGUCCAAGGAGCAUUUAGGAAAUGUCUCUUUCAGCUGUCCUUUCUAAAGGCAGAACUGGGAGAACUCAAAGCCAAAUGUAAAAAAUUGGUGACAGAAUCUGAACAAGUGAAAGAUGAGCUGAGCUAUUCCAGAAAAGCAGUUCUGUGUAAGGAUGCCCAGUUAGAGCAGGUUCAAGGGCAAAACGUAAAAAAGGAUGCCACCAUUGAGGCUCUUAGACGAGAUUUACAUGAAAAAUCAGAAAACACCAGAGUUUUAAAGGCGGAACUGCAAAAGGCACAAGAAGAGAUCUUGCAUUUAGACCUGGACAAGAAGGACCUUCAACUUGAGUUAAAGAAGCUCAAAGAGCAGCAGGAUUUUGAAAGGAAGUUAGCCGUUGAAAAGGUGAAACUGUGUUAUGACAUGGAAGUCAGAAAAAUAGAAAAGGAAUUGGAAGAUGCUAAAAGGGAACUGAGUACGGCGAAAUCCUUGGAUGCUAAAAACGCUAAGGCUCUAGAAGUGCUUAAGAAACAUUUUUUUCAAGCCAAAACUCAUCGGAUCUAGUUCAGGAUUUGAUAAUCGGUUUCCUUUAAUGCAAAUACAGAAUUUUUAAAAAAUGAUUAUGAAUCCCAAUUUCAUGAUUUGACAUCUUCUCUCUCUUUUGCUCUCUUUGUGGUUUAGAUUGGGGGAAGAAUUUUUAAAAAUGCAGUCAUCUGUAAUGACAAAACAGCUUCUCUUUUCUUUGCAGAGAUAGUCUUCCUUUUGGGGAGAUUCUGGUUUUCCUCUGUUUCAGAAAGAAGCCUUGCGAGUCCUAAAGCCAUCGCCUUUUCUAUUAUGUCACCUGCUUGCAAAUACCGGGGAGUUAUUUUCCACAUGAGAACAGAUUUGCCAAGGACAACCCGCUCUCAUUGAGAGAAUCAAUGCAUGGGAUACUGAGUUUGAAAGCACCGUUUUAGAUCCCUCGCUGUUUAUUGUGCGAAUCGAUAAAAGGCUUUCCCAAACCAGUUUUCAACAUGCUAGGAUUUGCAUAUAAAUAAAGGAAAGAGAUAUCACCAAAUUGUUUUUUUAAAUGCACCUAUUUACCAUGCUAUCAAUAGGAAAAAAUUAAUAUUUCUUAUUUGGGGGAAAAUAAUAUAGCACCUGCCCUUCUUUCUCUAAUCUAUUUCUUUCAUAGUUUGUGGGGUAUUUUUGUACAAUAAAGUCCAUUUUUGGCAAUAGCAGGUGCAGUUUUAAUCCUCAACCAGUAGGGGGCAGUCCUUGCCUAGCUCUUUAGUAUAGAAAUAUAAAAGAGAAAAGGAACUUCUGUUGAUUGCAUCAGUUGUUUUUUUUUUUGCUUUUUCUGAACAUGUGCAGAGUUUGGAUUUACACAAAACCUUUCAGCAGCCUUUUGUUUCAGAAUGGCCUUCUCUUGGCUCCAUUUUUCCAGAUGCUCACUAAUUCUGGUAUUAAAAGGGAACUGGGAUGGUGCUGUCUGUUCACGGAGAGUACAAUAACAUCCAAAAUCCACAAAACAGGGAUACCUUUAUUGGCUAACCAAAAUGCACAAAAUAUGUGUUGCAAGCUUUCGAAGCGCCACUGGCUUCUUCAUCAGGGAA